ACCCUGCUCAACCCGAAACCGGGGUUUCUGCUUCACAUUCACUUUCACAGUCCCAGCCGUCGCCGAGUCGUCAUGACGUGCCGCGUGGAACCAUCGUCAUCCCCUCUGCCAGCGGCGGACUCGCUAGUCGUUGAGGCAGGGAACAUAGGGGCAGGUAGCAUAGAGGCCGGUAGCAUGGAGGCCGGUAGCAUAGAGGCCGGUAGCAUUGUGGCAGAGGGCGAGGCGGCCGCGCCGCUGUCGGCGGCGUCGCAGCAGCUGCUGCUCGACACGCUCUCGCGCCUCCACGCCGACGACUCCGCGGAGCCCUCUGCUGGUGCCGCCGAGGGGGAUGACGUGGAGGACGAUGAUUGGCCGGAAGACGAGGGCGAUGCGGGGGAGGGAGAGGUGGAGGAGGAGGUUUUAGAAGCACUCGAUUGGCUGGACCUGAGAGAAGACCUCGCGUCGCGAGGAAUCAACGGCGGCGGCACGUUCGGCGGCGGUUUCUCCGCGGCGCGGCGACCGAACGCCUUUGGGGGGCAGCUGAACCAAGCGCACGCGCACGCCCGCGCGGCUGCGUUUGGGGGCGCAGGGAAGGGCAGCGGAGGGGGCGCAGGAGCGGGGGGGACGGCGGGGGCGAUGCAGCCGCGCGUGAACAAGCAGCAGCGCCUGACCGCUCGAGUGAACGCUGCGCCCAUGCGGGAUUGGGGCGACAGCUGUCAGCCGAACAUGGCGAAUGUGGUGAUGACAGCUGUGCGCGACAGCAACAAGCGGCAGGAGCAGGGCCAGACGAGGGUGAAGGAGAAGGCAGACCGCGCCACAGUGGAGCAGGUGCUGGACCCGCGCACGCGCAUGGUGCUGUUCAAGAUGCUCAACCGCGGGGUCUUCUCGCAAAUCAACGGCUGCCUCUCCACCGGCAAGGAGGCCAACGUGUACCACGCCACGGUGGACCGCCCCUCCGCGCUACACAUGGCCGCUGCAGCGGGGGGUGGGGCGGGCGGGGAGGGGGCGGGUGUGGAGGAAGGGGAGGGGCAGGCGGUGAAGGAGCUGGCGGUGAAGGUGUACAAGACGUCCAUUCUGGUGUUCAAGGAUCGCGAGCGGUACGUGGCGGGGGACUACCGGUUCCGGCACGGGUACAGCAAGCACAACCCGCGCAAGAUGGUGAAGGUGUGGGCGGAGAAGGAGUUCCGCAACCUCAACAGGCUGCGUGCGGCGGGAGUGACGUGUCCGGUGCCGCUCAUGCUGCGCCUGCACGUGCUCGUCAUGUCCUUCAUCGGCACGGAGGGGUGGGGCGCGCCCCGUCUGAAGGACGUGCAGCUGUCAGAGUCGCGGUGGCGCGAGUGCUACGGGCAGGUGGUGGUGGCCAUGUGGCGCAUGUACCGCAAGUGCCGCCUCGUGCACGGCGACCUCAGCGAGUACAACCUGCUGUACCUGCAGGGCAAGGUGUGGGUGAUCGACGUGUCGCAGUCGGUGGAUCUCGACCAUCCACGGGCGCUCGACUUCCUUCGAGAGGACUGCGUGCACGUGACUGAUUUUUUCCGGCGGAGGGGCGUGGCGGUGCUGUGGGUGCGCGAGCUGUUUGACUUUGUCACAGACCCCGUGCUGCCGGACGACCUUGUGGACGACUGCCUGCACAAGUUGCAAGAGAGGGCAGCCAGCCGGCCCUUGGAGCCAACGGCACAAGAAACGAUCGCCGAAAACGUCUUUCUUCAGUCGUUCAUCCCGCAGUCGCUGGACCAGGUGAAGGACGCCGAGGCCGAUAUCCGCCGCAUUGCCUCCGCCACCAAGGCGGCGCAGCAGGAGGGAAGGGCGCGCAGUGGUUCGGAGCAAGGGGCGCAUGGCAGCGAUGGGGGUGCGGCAGUGCGUGCAGCAGCCGCUGCACCACCCACCAGCAGCGGAAGCGGCAGUGCAGCAGCACCCACGUCCGCCGCCCCCCCCUUGGAGGGCAUCUUCUACCGUGCCAUGCUUGGGCUCAAGCCCGACCUCUCGGGCGUGCGCACGCUGCCCGACAUCCUGCAGCUGGGGGAGGGGGCGGGAGGGGCGGGGCGUGGGGAUGGUGGGCAGGGUGGCGGAGAGAGCAUGGGGGCGGUGAGGGGGGAAAGAGAGGGAGCUGAAGGUGAGGAGAGCAGCAAGAGUGAAGGGGGUGCUCAAGCGGUUUUGCAACGAGGCCAAGAUGGGAGAGAGGAGGCGGUGGACGGUGGGGAGGAGCAGCAGAGCGAGGAGGGGAGCGAGGAGGGGAGUGAGGAGGGGAGUGAGGAGGGAAGCGAUCUGUCAGAGGACGAGGAAGGUGAGGGGGAGGAGGGUGGCAGGCGAGGCAAGGGAGCGGCGGUGAGCAGGGAGGAGGUGCGGGCGCUGCGCAAGGAGAACAAGAAGAAGGUGAAGGAGGAGAAGCGCGUGGCGCGCCUCACCAAGGUGCCCAAAGCCACUAAGAAGAAACGAGCCAAGGCAGCGCAGAGCAAGAAGAGAUGAGCCAAGGACAUGGCAGUUUUUGCCGAGUUUCAAACACGUGUGAUUGUGACACUGGUCUUGUCGAGCUCCACAUGCAGCUGGUGCCAGUUGCCUGGUUAUUGUGAUGGGUCCUUUUCAGUUGUCUUCCUGGCGCAACCUUCGUUUCUAAAGCUUGAUUCGCCACAUCAGCAAGAGACCAAUGCAGAGCGGACUGGGUGCACACCAGUGAGAAGACAACCAGCAGUGUAGAGUGGCUUCACUAGGGGA